AUGGAAAAAAUCUUAAGGAUUCUCACAAAUUCGAGGACCGUUAAAGAACUACCAUAUUUGGCGUCAACCAGAUAUUAUAGGGGUGUUUUGCACCGUCAAAAUGAACCUGUCCAGUCUGAUACCGGGAAUAUUAACAUCAAUAUGAAGAAGAUGAAAAAAGAGUCGAUAAGUGAAGUGGAAAAAUCGCGGAUAACAACCUGGCUCGCUACCAGAGGGAGAAUAACUGGCCCAUCAAAAAUAAGUGAAACCGCUAAAAUGGCACCAAACAACUCAUCCAUAUUCCUCAUAGAAAUCGAUGAAUGUUGCCGCUUUCAGGUAGGUGAAUCCUUCGCGAGGUCUUCGAACCAUAAUCAACUCUAA